UAAAUAAAGAAAGAAAAACCAGUUCGUUUAUUUUCUCUCUCUCACGCCUAUUUCACCUUUUUGAUCUCACAUUUCUUUGUGUAUUUAAUCUUACUUUCAUCACUAAGCAGAUAUCCAUCUGCAAUUUGUUGUGUUUUUGGAUCCAUCGACAUGUCCUUCUCGGAUUCUGACUCCUCAUCUUAUGGUGCCGACUACAAGAAUUUUAGACAAAUCAGCCGUGAACGUUUAUUACAUGAAAUGCUUCGGUCGGCCAAAGCAGGGGACUCAAAGUCAACCUGGAAGGUACUCAUCAUGGACAAACUUACUGUAAAGAUCAUGUCUUAUUCAUGCAAGAUGGCUGAUAUCACGCAGGAAGGAGUUUCAUUGGUAGAAGAUAUAUUCAGACGAAGGCAGCCGUUGCCCUCCAUGGAUGCCAUAUACUUCAUCCAACCAACUAAAGAGAAUGUCGUCAUGUUCUUGUCAGACAUGUCAGGGAAGUCACCUUUGUAUAAGAAGGCAUUUGUUUUCUUCAGCUCACCCAUUUCAAGAGAAUUGGUUGCUCAUAUUAAGAAAGAAACAACUGUAUUGACUCGCAUAGGAGCAUUGAGAGAGAUGAAUUUGGAGUAUUUUGCUAUAGACAGCCAGGGUUUUAUUACUGACAAUGAGAGGGCUUUAGAGGAACUUUUUGGGGAUGAGGAGGAUUCUCGCAAAGGUGAUGCAUGUUUGAGUGUGAUGGCUACUCGCAUCGCUUCAGUUUUUGCUUCUUUGAGGGAAUUUCCUUUUGUGCGCUAUCGUGCUGCCAAGUCCCUUGAUGUGACCACAAUGACAACUUUUCGUGAUUUGAUUCCCACAAAACUUGCUGCUAGAGUUUGGGACCGUCUAAUGCAUUACAAACAAAAGAUUGAAAACUUUCCUCAGACAGAAACAUGCGAGCUGCUCAUCUUGGACAGAUCUAUAGAUCAGAUUGCUCCUAUUAUACAUGAGUGGACGUACGAUGCCAUGUGCCAUGAUUUACUGAAUAUGGAGGGAAAUAAAUAUGUGCAUGAGGUUCCUGCUAAAACAAGUGGUCCUCCUGAGAAAAAAGAGGUUCUUUUAGAGGAACAUGAUCCUGUCUGGCUUGAGCUUCGCCAUGCACAUAUAGCAGAUGCUAGUGAACGAUUGCAUGAGAAGAUGACCAACUUUGUAUCAAAGAAUAAAGCUGCACAAAUCCAACAUACUUCAAGAGAUGGUGAGCUUUCCACGCGGGACUUGCAAAAGAUGGUUCAGGCAUUGCCACAGUACAGUGAACAAAUUGACAAGCUAUCCCUCCAUGUCGAGAUCGCUGGAAAAAUUAAUAGAAUUAUCAGGGAUUUGGGGCUUCGAGACAUAGGGCAACUGGAGCAGGACCUGGUUUUUGGAGAUGCAGGAAUGAAAGACGUAAUUAAAUUUUUAACUACUAAAGAGGAUGCAACUCGCGAAAAUAAGUUACGCUUGUUAAUGAUUCUUGCAGCCAUUUAUCCUGAGAAGUUUGAUAGUGAAAAAGGUCUUAAUCUAAUGAAGUUAGCAAAAUUACCUCAAGAUGAUAUGAAUGCUGUGCAUAAUAUGAGAUUGCUUGGGGGAUCUCUAGAGUCCAAAAAGGGUUCAACUGGAGCUUUUUCUCUAAAGUUUGACAUUCAUAAGAAGAAGCGUGCCUUUAGAAAAGACCGCACUAGUGAUGAAGGAACAUGGCAAUUAUCACGAUUUUACCCUAUGAUAGAGGAACUUGUUGAAAAACUUAGCAAAGGAGAAUUAUCCAAGGAUGAAUAUCCAUGUAUGAAUGACCCAAGUGCAACCUUCCAUGGAACAUCCCAUGCUGCACCAAUGCAUCAACCUCCAGCUCCUCAUUCAAUGAGAUCAAGGCGGACACCAACAUGGGCUCGACCUCGAAACUCUGAUGAUGGAUAUUCAAGUGAUUCAGUACUAAGACAUGCAUCUAGUGAUUUCAAGAAGAUGGGCCGACGCAUUUUUGUAUUUAUAGUAGGUGGAGCUACUAGAUCUGAGCUAAGGGUAUGUCACAAGCUUACAAGUAAGCUACAGAGGGAAGUAGUGCUAGGCUCUUCAAGUCUCGAUGAUCCUCCUCAAUUUAUUACGAAAUUAAAACUAUUAACAGCGCACGAGCUCUCGUUGGAUGAUCUACAAAUAUAAAUGUGGUGGGAUAAGGAGCCGAGUACAGGCUUUCAAAGAGGUUUCUCAUCCCCUUUGUAUUCAUAGAUUAGAUACUUGAAUUCAUUGUAUCCAAUUUUUUCAGCCUUGGAAGCAAAAUGUCUGCUGCCUGAUAUUGGUAGUGGAUUGGUCUGCCUGGAUCUGGAUUGUGGGAAAGCAUCCUGCAUAACCAGGUUCUGCAUUUGAUUUGUGGUUUGUGAUUGAACUGCUGAGCAGUUUACAAUUUGUAUAAAAUCUUAUUUUACUAACCAAUAGGAAAACAUCAAUUAAACUGCUACA